GCCAAAAAAUGGCCGUUCGACGAAAACACAAGCCCGGAGUCGAAGCCGGAGCAUUAGGCUAGGUUAGGUUAAGAUGAAGUCCUCGCACAACGCCGGAUAAUGCGGAGAUGACAAUUCGCCCCUGGACACGGUGUCCUUACUCCCAAUUAACGCGCUAAUCGCUCUCGCGGACGUCGUCAAGAUGGCGAGUUCGGCUGGCAGGAUCGUCGUCCUGAUCGACAUGGACUGUUUCUUCUGUCAAGUCGAGACCAAGCUGCAGCCGCAGUACGCGGGGAAACCUCUCGCUGUCGUCCAAUACAAUCAAUGGGAGAUGGGCGGGAUAAUAGCUGUUAAUUACGAAGCGCGUAGUUUUGGCGUAACCAGGCAUAUGAGGGGCAAAGAAGCUAAAGAGAAGUGUCCGGAUAUAGUUCUAGCCAGCGUUCCGUGCCUUCGCGGGAAAGCAGACACGUCCAGAUACAGAAAAGCUGGUCGCGAGGUUAUCGAAGCUAUAAAGAAGCAUUGUAACGUAAUAGAGCGUGCCAGCGUCGACGAGGCGUAUCUCGACAUUACGGACAUUGUCGAUAAGAGAUUGGCCACGUCUAGAGUCUCCCCGAAAGACUUGACAUCGUCUCUUGCAAAUACCUUCGUCGUAGGAUAUUCGGAAGUCGGUAAAAAUGACGAAGAGGAGAGACGUCAAGGGCUACAGACCUGGUUACUGGACUCUUUCAGAGAAUUGCCAGACGUUCAAGCUCAGAGACUCGCUGUAGCUGGCGUGCUAAUUGAGGAGAUAAGAAAUAGUAUAUACGGAGAAACCGGAUUUAGAUGUUCUGCCGGCAUUGCACAGAACAAGAUAUUGGCAAAACUGGCGUGUGGAUUGCACAAACCGAAUCGCCAAACGAUUUUACCGGAAGCAGCCGUUCCAAGCCUUUACGCGACACUUCCGGUGAAGAAGGUUCGAAAUCUCGGUGGAAAGUUUGGCGACGUCGUAGUCGAGUCGCUCGGCUGCAAAGUUAUGGGGGAUUUGCUGCAAUACUCCUUGGAACAACUGCAGAAGCACUUUGACGAAAAGACGGGAUCUUGGCUGUACAAUAUCGCCCGAGGCAUCGACGACGAGCCGGUUAUUAACAGACUGUUGGCGAAGUCCAUCGGGGCGUGUAAAAAGUUUCCUGGGAAGCAAGCUAUCACCUCGCUGGAAGUGUUAAAGCACUGGGCCGGCGAUCUGGCGGCGGAGGUCUGUGAGCGGCUCGAGGAGGACUUCAUAGAGAAUCAGCGACGUGCGACACUACUCGUGAUCGCUUAUCAUUACUAUCAGAACAAAGGCACGAUCUCUCAGACGCGCUCGCUCGCCCUGAGCUCGUACAAACCGGAGAAAAUGGCGAGUCAAUGCGUGGACGUGAUCACCAAGUCCACGCAGUGCCCUGUGGUAUUUGUGGGCAUCUCCGUCACUAAAUUCGUGCCCUCGAAAGAGAGCGGUAGUUUCCUGAAAUUUUUUAAAAAUACCAAACCGAAGGAGGAGGAAGUCGUCGUUUUAGAUUCGUUUGGAGAUGCAACGAACUCUACGUUUAGUUCAGAAGCGAAAGGAGAACCGUCUUCUGCCUCUGUCAGUAGCAAAGAAAUUUGUUCAUGGAAAAACACUGAAAGACAGAACCCUCAAAGAGUCAAAGAAUCUCCCGUGGUCAAACAAUCAGUUGCGAAGAACAAUGGGACGACGAAAGGGAGUAAGAGAAUUGUCAAUAACUUAAAUACGAGUGCGGAGGAUUCGCCUAUGUCGAAGAGAGUUUCCAAGCUGAUACAAGUGUGCAAUCAGCACGACAAGAUCAAAAACAAACGUUUAUCAGGUGUAAUAAUAGAUAAUAACGAUUUCCAAGACUCGUUUUUCAUGAACGUGUAUAAGACGGGGGAGAAAAAGUGCGAUAAUAACGUUGAGGACGUUGAUACUACGAAGGAAUCGCGAUGCAGAAAACAAUUGGUCGCGUCUGGUGCGGAUGAUGAAAAUGUCGAUGAUUACAAUGCGGAUUUACAAGAGAAUGCUUGCGGGGUACCUUGCACGAGCCAAGUACACAGCAAUGAGGGGCCUGCGGAGAAGAAUAAGAGAACUUCCGUGCAAGAACCUUCGGUGCGAUUACGAGAGAUAUUCCCGAACUUGGACGAUAUAGACCCGGACAUUCUGUCCCUGUUGCCGGCCGAUUUACAGGAGGAAGCGAGGCUGUACGUGAAAUCGCGCGGCAGGAAGCAGGAAAAUCUCAAGGUCGCCCGAGAAUUGCCGAGGACGGGAAGAGGGAGACCCAGCAAGUCCAAACCCGCUGGCAAGAGCGGCAAGAGGCGCAGUCCCUUGUACAACUUUCUGAUCAAGACCAACGCGGGCGAGCACGACGUGCCUCUAGAGCGGUGCGCCGAGUGCGACCAAAUGAUACCCGUGACCAGGUUCAGCGAACACGCGGACUUCCACGUCGCGCAAAACUUAUACCGGGAGAUCAACAAGCCAUCGUCGGGCGAGAAUGGAGGCGCCAAGAGGAAACUCGAGGACGACGAGGUUGUCGUUACUCUCGUGAAGCGUCAAACGUCGAACGUUUUCGAGCCCGGCGGGGAUUCUCGGUCGACAACCGCGCUUCCCUCGUGACUGUGCUUGUAAAUCUGUCCGAUUUUCGUCAUUUACAAUUAUUUGUCUCACUAUCAAUCGCGAUGGCAUCACAUUCCCAUUAUGAUUGCGGAGAAAAUUUCGAUGAGCAUUUUAUGUGUGUAUACUCGAUAUACAGGGUGUUAAAAAAAGACUGGAACCCCUGAAUAACUUGGAAAAUAUGCAAGAUGGAAAAAUGUUUCCUACAAAAGUUGUAGGGUUUUAAAUGAUGCAUCACAUAGUAGCAUUAUUAUGACCUUGAACAGCGCCGUCAAGGUGACGUAAAGAUCACCUCUAAAUUUUCACGUGGAAACCUACACUUUUUUUAUUGCAUAUUCGUGUAACUUAUCAUGAGAGCUUUAGAAAUCCACUAUAAUAAAGUAUUUUUGUAUGCAUCACUUCAAGCCUUACGACUUCUGCAGGAAACAUUUUUUCUAUCUUGCAUAUUUUCCAAGUUACUCAGGGCUUCUGAUCUUUAUUGAACACCCUGUAUAUUUGUAUAUUGUAAAAAUGUAUAACAAAUCAUUGUAAUAUACGAGUAUUAACAUUUGUUGAAGCACUGUAACAUAUAUUUUAAUUAGAACGUCAUGUUUCGAAUUACCUGGUAUAUAAAUAAUUAACUUGCAUUAAACCAAAUUUGUAAAUAUUUAUACGUUGACUGACUUUAGCUGGCAUAUUCGAGAACUGCAAGGCGUUACAAAAGAAUGUAAUAAAUAAAAUAUCCGCCUUAGAAAACAGAA